UCAAGAGAACGGAGCCACUGACCUCAGAAUAAAACACCUAGCUGAUUAGGCAGAUAGGAAUAUUCCUGAGUGGCGUAAUAGCGUUACAACCUAACCAAACCAUGAACAAGCUGGAUAUCUUCGGUUGGAGCGUGGACCCUGCAAUUGCUGCGUCGGUGGUUGUCGGUGUCGUUGUGGUCUUGUGGCUUGUGCGGAGAUGGGUGGCAGGUGGAUGGUGCUACAGCAAUGCUCGCCUGGACGGCAAGACGGUUGUCAUCACAGGAGCCAACACUGGCAUUGGCAAGGAGACAGCAAAGGACAUGGCCAGACGAGGUGCUCGUGUGAUCAUAGCCUGCCGUGAUCUGCCCAAAGCCGAAGCAGCCGCCUCUGAGAUUCGUACUGCCACGGGUAACAACAAGGUGACGGUACGGAAACUAGACCUGGCUUCUCUUGCCUCGGUGAGAGAGUGCGCCAAGAAGAUCAAGGCAGAGGUGAAAAAGCUGGAUAUACUCAUCAACAAUGCAGGAAUCAUGAUGUGCCCACCGCUGAAGACAGAAGAUGGGUUCGAGAUGCAGCUUGGUGUCAAUCAUCUGGGCCACUUCCUUCUGACCAAUCUCCUGCUGGAUAUCAUCAAAUCCUCCGCCCCUGCUCGCAUCGUCAACGUAUCCUCCCUCGCCCACGACUUCAAUAACGCCAAGAUGUUCUGGGAUGACAUCAACCUGGAGAAGAACUACGACCCGGUGGCGGCCUACGGGCAAAGCAAACUGGCCAACGUUCUCUUCACCGUUGAGCUAGCGAAACGUCUCAAAGGUACUCAGGUGACAGCCAACUCCUUGCAUCCAGGAACUAUCGAGACUGAGCUCACGCGCCACACGCAGCAGGCCAUGAGUCUUCCAUGGAGAAUCUUCUUCAGGAUCAUGUGCUCUCCCAUCGGUAAUUUCUUCCGUAAGACGGCUGUGCAGGGCGCGCAGACCACCAUCCACUUGGCCGUGUCUGAGGAACUGAAGAACACUACUGGCCAGUACUACAGUGAUUGCGUUCCUGCCAAGACCAACAAGCAGUACGUGAACAGCGAGAACGCCCGCCGCUUGUGGGAGAUGAGCGCCGAGAUGGUUGGAUUGGAUAAGAAGGUGGACUAAACUAGAUACUGUCAUGCAGUGUUUGGUACUUACACGUUAUUAUUAAAAAAUGUACGGAUUCGGAGACUAACACGCCCUGUACUGUUGUCGUUGUUUUUGAAGCGACGGCAGUAGAAAAAUACAAAUGCAGCCAGCCUUUUCGUAUGUUAUAUCUGUUUUGCUCGCUUUGUUUUAGCUCUAGUCACUGGCUGGUUAAUAGCUCGCUAUUGAUGAACAAAAUUGAUUACAUAUACAUUCAAUAGAAUGCAAGGAGAGAGGGACUUAUUAACUGAAUUUGUAUGUCAUUUUGGUGUUAUGUACCAUAUAAAAUUCACUUUAUGGAUACAUAAUUUUACAGAGUUAAAAGAAAGUCAAAAUUGAUUUCUUUGUACGUUGUGUAAAUGCAAUUAAUUCUUGAUCUCAAGUCAUAUGCUUUGUAGCCUAUUGAGUUUUUCACUGGCUGAUAUUAUGUACCUUAAUUUUUGCAAAAGAGAUACUCAUCAUAGACGACUUUUAGCAAUGUCCCCAUCGAUUAAAUGUUACAGAAGCUUUCAAGUAAUAAGUCAGAAGUAGUUGGAAAAAUAUUGCUCAGUUUGUACAUUGUUUUGUAAACCGAACAUUAAUCUUCUCAGAAAGUUUAACGAGAAAGUCAAUAUGUUUUAAUGUUUUAUUUGAUUAAUUUAGAUUUGUGUGUGAUUGUACUGCUAUGAUAGCUGUGUGUAUAACUGGAGCGGUAGAUUCCUAUAAGUAAAUGCAAGUUGUGAACACUAAUGAGGUAAAAAUAAAACAUUUGUAUUCCCAAAAUAAAAUA